AUGUCUGCGUUGCCCAAGAGAAUCAUCAAGGAAACUGAACGUCUUGUGAGCGACCCUGUUCCAGGAAUCACAGCAGCGCCCCUGGAAGACAACUUGCGCUAUUUUGAAGUGACCAUCGACGGCCCGCUGUCGUCGCCGUACGCAGGCGGCGUGUUCAAGCUUGAGCUUUUCCUUCCCGACGAUUACCCCAUGUGUGCUCCCAAAGUGCGUUUUUUGACAAGAAUCUACCACCCCAACAUCGACAAGUUGGGCAGAAUCUGUCUUGAUGUGCUCAAGGACAACUGGAGUCCUGCGUUGCAAAUCAGAACGAUUUUGUUGAGUAUCCAGGCGCUUUUGGGUGCUCCCAAUCCAGAUGACCCAUUGGCCAAUGAUGUUGCGCAGGAUUGGAAGAGGGACGAGAAGAAAGCCAUUGAGGUGGCCAGAGAGUGGACUGAAAAGUAUGCCAAGGCGUGA